ACCAUACCGCCCCUCCUCGACUCACCGUGUUGCCUGUGAUCACCUACUCUUUACCAGUAGUGAUUGAGUUCUGGCCGUGACGACCGAAAGACUUCCCAACAUGGCGAAUCUACAUUCAGCUCUAAAGGCUCUAUCGCCCUGCGACUUCUCCGAGGUCCCGCAGCAGUCGGAAGAGCUGGACAAGUACCUGACCAAUCUCUUCUCAGAAGCUCAAACGAUAGUCGAAUCGAUCCCUAUACCUGAUGCAGAUCCUUCUCACCGACCUCGUGGGCACACGACAGGCUCCAUGGCUUCGGGUGCAUCGGAAAUGACAACUUCGUCUGCCCGAGCUCCUCCACCUCCAGCAGAAUAUGCAGCACUUCAGAAAGAUUGGGGCAAGCCGGUUAAGCUCUCCGCAAAAGAAAACCCACUGGGUAUCUCAGUGUACAAAGCCAGCGGAAAGGACGGGAAGGGAGCUUGGUUUGCUCGCAGAAGUGUACAUGAAGGCUUGGGCUUUGCUCGUUUCAAGCGAGGCUUCGAACGAGAGUUUCCUACAUCGUUAGCGGUGCAGGGCGCCCCAGGUGAAGGCAACAUCAGAGGAAUAGGCGCAGAGACCAAAGUCGAAGAGAUCGUUGUCCCUAACAGAGGCAAGGUCGAAGUCUACAGACUCAGUGCGCAGUUCCCGGGACCAACAACACCACGAGACUUUGUCACCCUCUUGGUUACUUCUUCUAAAGCACUCCAGCCACAAGGUGAAGGCCACAAGUCACCUGAGCUGGCUCCUCGGCACUACAUGAUCAUUUCCAAACCCUGCAAUCAUCCCAAAACGCAACCUCAAGACGGCUUUAUUCGAGGCCAGUAUGAAUCAGUCGAGUUCAUCCGAGAGAUACCCCGGAAAUUGAAGGCUACGACCUCUUCCACCGACCUAAGUAGUCACCACAGACCACACUCUCCAUCGCUGGAGAAAGACGUACUACUACACAAUGCUGAAAAGCAUCAUUCUUCCACCCACGAUGACGACAGGCAUCUGAAAGUUGAAAAUGGUUCCGCGAAUAGAGAGGCAUCUCCCGCAAGCAGGAGAAGAAGCGCUACGGUUGGUGUAUCCCCAACGCAAGACCAUGAUUCAGGCAACCAUCAUGAUCUCGAAGAAAAUCCGGUGGAAUGGAUAAUGGUGACUCGGAGCGAUCCUGGUGGGAGCGUUCCUCGAUUUAUGGUUGAGAGGGGAACACCUGGCAGCAUCUGCGCCGACGCUGUGAAGUUCCUUGAUUGGGCGUGCCAAAGAGAAGAUGAGGAGGAGACUGGUGAGACGGCAGGGUCAAGACCAGAACCUCAUCGACGAGAAAGCUUCGCCAGUUGGGAAGCGAACGGGACAUUGGCUGGGAUCCGCGAGCAUGAGGAAGGCAAUCAGUCAGGUCAUCAGUCCGCACCUCAAACACCCAAAGCGCUCUCACCCAUAGACCCAAUACCAGAGCAAGACCCGCCUUCAUCGUCCUCUUCGACACUGUUGUCGAGCAUGACGGAAACGCUGAACAGCUAUACGCCACAGGUUGUCAAAGACCAUUUCCCCAAUCUGACACCAAAGGCUAGUCCAUCGUUGGAGGCUGAAAAGACUGAAAAGACUGAAAACGGUUCCGGUGAAACAGAUGCAGGCAUACACCAUCGAGUGACAUUCCAUCAUGACGACGACGACGCCUCGUCUACUGUUUCGAGUCUCUCUUUCGCCUCUGCCGACUCUCAUCUUGUUUCUGAUCCCUUGGCCUCGUCCAAAUCGGUCUCUGGGGACAGUCAAAUCGUGUCACAGCACGACAAAGAUCUUGCAAAGCUGACAGAGCGCAAAGCCGCUUUGGAUGCCAAGUUUGCGCAGCAACGUGAAAAGUUGUCUAGUCAAACCGCCGAGCAGACGGAGAAAGAGAAAGAAGCCACGAAAAAGGCGGAAGCGAAGCAUCAAAAAGAGCUCCAGAAACACGAGGAGAAAUAUAGCAAGGAGUUGGCCAAACUGGAACAGAAGAAAGAAAAAGAAGCCAAGAAGCUGGCAGACAAGAAACGAAAGCAGGAAGACAAAGAUGAGAAAACUCGUCUUACUCGAGAAAGGGACGAGGCUCGAGCAGAGCUUGAGUUGUUGAAGAAGGAACAAGAGAUCUUUACACGCCAAAUCGGCGACUUGCAGAAGGAGAACACAGUGCUCAUGGCUCAGAUUGGCAAGCUGGAGGGUCCUGCACCUCCAGAUAGUCCAGGAAGUGUGUCGAGCUCGCAGAGGUUUCGUGCCAUGACGGUGGAAAGUGAGAAUCGAAACAGAAGUUCGAGCCUGAUCAAUCGACUCAAGAACAAGGCUGAGACGGGUAGCCAGGGGUCAUGAAGGGAGCACGGC